GCACCUCAUCUGUAGCUUGCAAUCUGCAGGCAAUGAUGUAGGCUGCAUUUGUAUUUUAAAACAUUGAACACUUCUUAGCCAAAUAAAGCUUUUUUGUAGCAUUCAAUGCCUAACAUUGCAGAAGAUGAAAGGGAGAAUAGUCCUGGAAAUAAUGAAAACAGACCUGGGGAAAAAUCUCCAGAAAUUACUCUUCAUGAUGCUGUGAAGCCAUAUUGCACUUCAGAUACCUCUACUACAUCCUUGGGUCCUAGCGGAGACGGGCAUUAUCAAUGGGGAUGUCCUGUGACACACACUCGAGAGAAAUUUUAUACCAUCUGCUCAGACUUCGCUUUUUUAAACCGAGUAACAUCUGCUUGUAAAAGCCCAAGUGCUACAGUUAGUGCCUGUCUACCAGAUAGCGCUGCCUUAAAUGUUGGAAAUAGUACACCUGAUUUUAUCGGGAUUCAAACUGGUGCUUCAGAGAUAAUCUACAACGAAGAUGCUAAUUUGGAAAGUUUGUCUAGUAGUCUUGGAAAACUUCCACUGGCCUGGGAAAUUGAUAAAUCAGAGUUCAAUGGAGUGACCCCAGGUCUGAAAAACAAAGAAGGCAGUAUGAAGAAACAAGUAACCAAAAAAAAAUCCUCAGACAAAAAGAGCAAGCAAAACAAGGAGUGUUCUCACUAUUCUACGUUUGAGGAAGUAAAGCAGCGGAAAGUGCUAGACCUCAGGAGAUGGUACUGUAUUAGCCGACCACAGUACAAGACUUCUUGUGGAAUUUCGUCUUUAGUAUCUUGCUGGAAUUUCUUAUACAGCACACUGGGAGCUGGAAACCUGCCACCUAUUACUCAAGAAGAGGCUUUGCAUAUAUUGGGCUUUCAACCUCCGUUUGAGGAGAUUCGAUUUGGUCCCUUUACUGGAAAUACAACUUUAAUGAGAUGGUUUAGACAAAUUAAUGAUCACUUCCAUAUAAAAGGAUAUUCCUAUGUUCUAUAUAAACCUCAUGGGAAAAACAAGACAGCUGGAGAAACGGCCUCAGGGGCCUUGGCAAAGUUAACAUAUGGAUUGAAAGAAGAAUCGAUGGCCUACAUCUAUCAUUGCCAAAAUCAUUAUUUUUGUCCUAUUGGAUUUGAAGCCACCCCGGUAAAAGCUAGUAAAGCAUACAGGUUGCUGGACUUGGACUCGGGAGACCUGGGUUCAGUUCCAAGCUCAACCACAGACUUCCUGUGUGAUGUUAGAGGUCAUCUUUCACAGCAAGAAGUGGAAUAUUGGAUCUUAAUUGGAGAACCAAGUAGAAAACACCCUACCAUUCACUGUAAAAAGUGGGCAGAUAUUGUCACUGACCUAAACACUCAAAAUCCAGAAUACUUGGACAUUCGGCACCUGGAGAGGGGACUGCAGCAUCGAAAGACAAAGAAGGUAGGAGGAAAUCUUCAUUGCAUCAUUGCGUUUCAGAGACUUAACUGGCAAAGAUUUGGUCCUUGGAACUUUCAGUUUGGAAAUGCUAGACAAGACAGGCAAGGACAAGUAAUUGCCAAAUCAGAGAGCGAAGACAAUAUCUCCAAGAAACAGCACGGACGUCUGGGCAGAUCUUUCAGUGCUGGUUUCCAUAAGGAAUCUAUGUGGAAGAAGUCUAAUCUUCGUGACAGGAGGAACAGUGGAUAUCAGAGCUAUACAGAUUAUGAUGGGAAUGAUUAAAAUUAACUUUAGCAUAUCAGAUGUCUUGUUCUAAAGUUAAUUUUAAUCUAGACAUAGUAGGGGAUUUAUUAAUCCUAGAAUACAUAAGUAUAGAAAUCAUGGUACAAACGGCAGUCUCAUGAUUAUUUGAUGUAUAUGCUUGUAUUACAGUGGCGCUGGGUAAGAUCAGAUGUAAACUAAGAUAAGCACAGAUUAUUGUACUUUUAUAAUCAAAGUAAAUGUAAUAAGCAAAA